GUCUGGUGAAAAGAAGCUUAUUUAAAUUAAGAGAGCCAGGAAAUCUGUCUCUCAGUCCAGAAGGAAGAUGGGUUCCACAGAAGACCUUGACUAUCCUCAAAUCAUUGUGCAAUACAGCAAUGGAUUUUUAAUCUCAAAGGUUAUGUUCACUGCCUGUGAGCUGGGGGUGUUUGAUCUUCUUCUGGAGUCAGGAAAGCCUCUGUCUUCAGAUGCCAUUGCUGCACAUCUGGGUGCCAGCACCAUGGGGAUGAAAAGACUGCUGGAUGCUUGUGUGGGAUUGAAGCUCUUGGCAGUAGAGAUGACACAAGAAGGAGCCCUCUACAGAAACACAGAAAUUUCCAACAUCUACCUUACAAAAUCAAGUACAAAGUCUCAGUAUCAUAUUAUGAUGUAUUAUUCCAACACAGUCUACUUGUGCUGGCAGUACCUGGCUGAUGCUGUGAGAGAAGGAAGAAACCAAUAUGAAAGAGCUUUUGGCAUUUCAUCUAAGGACUCUUUUGAAGCAAUGUACAGAUCAGAUGAAGAAAUGCUAAAAUUCAUGGCUGGCCAGAAUUCAGUAUGGAGCAUAUGUGGCAGAGAUGUUCUUGCUGCAUUCGACCUUUCCCCUUUCACACAGAUCUAUGACCUGGGAGGAGGUGGAGGAGCUUUGGCCCAAGAGUGUGUUUCUUUGUAUCCAAAUUCUACUGUCACAAUUUAUGACCUGCCCAAAGUUGUUCAAGUGGCCAAAGAACAAUUUGUUUCCCCCGAGGAGCGUCAAAUCACUUUCCAUGAAGGAGACUUCUUUAAUGAUUCGAUACCUGAAGCUGAACUGUAUAUUUUAUCCAAGAUACUGCAUGAUUGGGAUGAUGACAAAUGCAAACAACUGCUGGCAAAAGUCUACAAAGCGUGCAAACCUGGUGGUGGAGUGCUGCUGGUUGAAUCGCUUCUGAAUGAAGAUAGAAGUGGGCCUGUAGAAACCCAGCUGUAUUCUCUGAAUAUGUUGGUCCAGACAGAAGGGAAAGAGCGAACAGCAGCAGAAUACAGCAAGCUCCUGGACGCAGCUGGCUUUGGAGUGAUUCAAGUCAAGAGAACUGGAAAACUCUAUGAUGCUGUUUUAGGAAGGAAAUUGUAGUAUGUGUUUUAUGUAUGUAACAAGACAGAAAAAGUUGAGAAAUGUGCUAUUCUCUUCUUAGGAUGCAAUGAUCAACUUAGCUUUUGGUUAAGGCUGCCAACUUUUUUGUAAGCUGAUACAUUGUCAGAAGACUCACUAAUAACAGAUCUUCAACAUGCAUGUAUUGCAAAUCUGGCAGGCUGGCUUGGCUUGCCUUUGGAUCUGGGAGGGAAAGAAAGAAAUUAGCACCUGUUCCACAAAAAACAAUCCACAAAAGAAAUGUGUAGUAUGUCUGCUUCAGCUUGUAUCAGUCUCUCUGAUUUUAACACCAUAUCUGUCAAAAGCUGAGCUGAAUUUGUACUUGAGUUCCUGCAAAAUAAAGCUAAUCCCUGUACUGAGCUUUCUUGCCUGCAUUUUUAU